UAGGGGUGGAGCCACCAGUUCAGUGUUUAGGGACUCAGAACCUGAGAAGGAUCACGCUCGUUAAGCAUAGCUAGGGCUGAAGUCCCUAUGGCCUUCCGGCUGGAGGCUAGCAUUCUGGAGGACAGUUGGGACUUGGUUUUCUCUGCAAUACAGUGGAUACAAUUUGUUAUGGCUACUCUGAGUGUUAUAGGUUCAAGUUCACUUAUUGCCUCUGCUGUAUUCCAGAAUACACAGAAAUCUCCUGAGAUAAGGCCAGUCUUUUAUAUGAGCUUUUCUGACCUCCUCCUGGGGAUAUGCCGGCUCAUUGAGGCACUUCUCUAUGGAACUUCAGCAGCCAAUAAGGACAUUGUUUGCUAUAACCUGCAAGCAGUUGGACAGAUAUUCUACAUUUCCUCAUCUUUUUACACUGUCAAUUACAUCUGGUAUCUGUACAAAGAGCUGAGAAUGAGACACAACCAGAGUGGACAGAACACAUUUGCACUGGUUGUAGAUUAUACUUGUCAUGUUGGUCAAAUAGCCAUCAUUUUGUCAAGCCUGAUACCUCUGCUGUUGAUGAUACCUGUAUUCUGUCUGGGCAAUGUCAGUGAAUGUUUCCGCAACUUCAGUCAGAGCCACAGGUGUAUUCUGAUGUAUUCACCACCGUCAGCCAUGGCUGAACUGCCUUCUGUCAACACAUCAGUCUGUACCACACUUUAUUUUUAUGGGAUCACCAUUUUCCUGACCAGCUUUCUCCUCAGCCUCCUUGCUAUUGUGGUCUUACUCAUCCAAACCCAGACCCUAUAUAAGAAGUUUGUGAAAUCGACUGGCUUUCUGGGGACCGAACAGUGGGCAGUGAUUCACAUCAUGGAACAGCGAGUGCGCUUCUAUCCAGUGGCCUUCUUUUGCUGCUGGGGCCCAGCCGUCAUUCUGAUAAUCAUGAAGUUGACUAAGCCACAGAACACGAAGCUUCACAUGGCCCUCUGUGUUCUCCAGGCUCUAACAGCAUCAUCCCAGGGUCUGCUCAACUGUGGAGUAUAUGGCUGGACACAGUACAAGUUCUACCAACUAAAACAAGAGGCUCGGCGUGAUGCAGACACCCAAACACCAUUGUUAUGCUCACAGAAGAGAUUCUAUAGCAGGGGCCUAGAUACAGUGGAGUCUACCCUUGCUUUUGCUACCAGCCCUCCACCAUUCUUUGAAACUGUAAUACUGGAACAUCCAGGAACCGGAGUUAUUCCACACUAAUGGAUUGGGAAGCGUGUGGGGGAACAUCUCCAGUCUUUUCCAACCAUGCCUUGAACUAUGGAAGGGAAAGAGGAUGUAGUGCGUGGUUAGUGGCUUUUCUCAUUGAAUUGGGCAGGAUCUCUCCAGUAUUCUCAGAUUCACUUGUGAUUCUUAAAGUCUUAUUCAGAGAGGUGAAGCCACUGUCCUAUGAAAUAGACUCCUAUUACCUCAGUGAAUAUUAGAUUUGUUUAAAUCUCUUGUAGAUAAAUUCUAGGUUAUUAUUUAUAUGUGCCCUUUCCAGGCUCUCUACUCUGUGAUUGUGGGGGAAGUAGGGUGACAUACAACAACUUGCUCAGAUUUUGCCAGUAUUGUUACUCUAAGACCAGACAAAGAAAAUCCUGGGUUUCUGUUCUUUGAAGGUUUCUGAGACUCAGAAGAAACAAAGACAAUAACUACCAAAAAAGUGACCGUGGGAUCCUCAGGCACAUCCUACUCUGUUAUUUGCUCAGUGCUGUUUCAAGUCUCAACAGUAGGGACCAUCUGCUCUAGAAAAUUAAGGCCAAUCUUACGAAGUUACAGAAGAUAAUAAGAUUUAAGAGAAAUCAGGAUUAAAAGAAACUUUAGAUAUCAAAAACUCUCAACUCCAUUUACAAGCAGAAGUCCAAAGAUAGGUUUCAUAGUGUCUGAACAUAGAAUUAGGUUGAACCAUGUGAACUUGCCAUUUUUAUAGGUGAAGAAGGCCUAAUAUCAAUUUUACAUGGUUUGACCUACUGCUAAGUGCUAAAUGUAUGUUUAUAGAAAAAAAAA